UAACUAGGGAUAUGAAGUCAGAUACAUCACAGAUUUCUACUAUUCAGAAACCAAUAAUUGUAACUGUGUCAGGCUUAUCAGGAUUACCACAAGGAAAUAAACAGCUUCCAGUUAUUUCUAGCAUGGAAAAUUCAGUUAUUGCUGCACCUGUACAAGGAGUUACAUUUUCUAAUAAAUUUAUUCCCAUAACUAAUGUUGUUCAGUCUGGAGAUAAGAAGACAGUCUUCCCACAGAAUUAUGUUUCUGUGCCUUCAACAAAUGUACCUGUUUUACCGAAACCGUGCAUAUCAACUUCCACUCUAAUCCCUCCUCCACCAACGUUGACGAGUGUAAUUCCUCCGACAUCAUUUAGUUCGAUACCUGUUUCCUAUUCGACUUUUCCACCAACAGUUUCUCCUUCUUCAGAUAUAAGUCCGUUAGCUUUUACGGUUCCGGUGACUCCGGUGGAAGCAUCACAGCCCAACACAAUUUCUGUACUUCCUGUCAUAAAUGCAGCUCCUUUUCAAAAAAGUGAAGAAGAACCAACAGCAAAUUUUCCUCCUUUAAAAGUUACUUUAUCUUCUCUUGAUCCGUUAAUCACAAAAAUUGAAACUUCACCAAAUAAUAAUCAAAACGACCCGACAAGUACAGAUUAUGAUCCUAUUAAAGCAAUGGAAUGGAAAGAUGGCAUCGCGACUCUUCCGGGAAGUGAUUUAAAGUUCAAACUGAGUGAAUUUGGAACUCUAGAAGUGAUAACAGACGAACAUGAUGUAAAUACAGAUGAUGUCAGCAAUGAAGAAAUUGAUGCUGAUGAUUCAAAAACUUUAUGUACUGUAGAAAAUAAGAGAUUAAAACAAGAUUUACCUAAAUUAGAACAAACAGAAAGUUCAGGUAGGGACAUAGCACCUUGCAAAAUGACAACUUUGACAACUCAGUUAAAUGUGCCAUCAGCUCCUAAGAAUCAAUCGGUUGGCUUAAUUAAACCAUGUUUAGAUCCAGAAAAAAUUCUAACAAUUAAAACUACAACAAAUACAACAAAUGCUACUUCAUUAAUAAAUGCUGGUACACAUAUUCAGAGUCCUGUGACUCCAACUCAUGGUUUUAAACGAGGAAUGAAAUUAGAAGCAGUAGAUAAAAAAAAUAGUUCUUUAAUUUGUGUAGCUACAGUGUCUGAUGUUUUGGAAAAUAGAUUUUUAGUACAUUUUGAUGGUUGGGAAGAUGAUUAUGAUUAUUGGACAGAUCCCACAUCACCUUUCAUUCAUCCGGUUAACUGGUGUAGUGAAUUUGGUCAUGUUCUUACACCGCCAAAGAACUGUAAAGAUACUACAUUUAAUUGGAAAGAUUAUUUAUUGGAAACAAAGUCUCAAGCAGUUCCUGCUAGUGCCUUCAAACAACGUCCAAGUCACGGAUUCAAAGUUGGAAUGAAAUUAGAAGCUGUAGAUAAACGAAAUCCUUUAUUAAUUAGGGUUGCAACAGUUGCAGAAGUGCAGCCGCAUUUAAUAAAACUUCAUUUUGACGGUUGGUCGGAUGCUUAUGACUAUUGGGUGGACGACGAUUCGUCAGAUAUACAUCCAGUGAAUUGGUGUACAAAAACGGGACAUCCAUUGCAACGACCAAUUAAUUCCAAUAACCUUAUUCCUCAGGGUCAGGGUGGCUGUCCUACUCCAGGUUGUAAAGGAAUUGGUCAUAUUAAAGGACCAAAAUAUACCAGUCAUCACAGUGCAUUUGGAUGCCCUUAUUCUCAUCUCAAUAUGAACAAAGACACUGCUCUGCAAGACAGAUUAGAUCCUCCGAGGAAUCUAAGCGACAAUGUCGUAGACUUGUUACGCAAGAAUACCGAUAUGGGUGGGACGAUCGAAGCAUUGAGAAGGUGUCCCACGCCUGGUUGCGACGGUAGCGGACACAUCGAUGGACGAUAUUCUGUCCAUCAUAGAGUUUCGGGAUGCCCUUUAGCUCAGAGUCAAGCGGAUAUUGCUAAUGGAGAUAAGGAUGAUAGUCGAGAUUCCGAUUAUACUAAGUCUUCCAUAAGACUUAAUUCUGGGAGGGGGAGGAAAAGGAAACUUCUUAUGGAAGAUAAGAAGAGAAUAUCUGUGAGGGAAAAUGCGAAAUCGCCUUCGUCUACUUUAGAAGACAGCAUUCACAAGUCGGUGUUUUCGGCGCCUCCCGUUUCGGACCCGCAGCUGGAGCAGCCCUACUGUUGGGAGCAGCACACGAAAUUUCUUCCCGGAAUAAACAUGGUGACGGGUGAAACCGUCUCGAAAUGGUCGGUGGACGAAGUGGCCAAUUACGUGUCCACGCUUUCGGGCUGCGAAGAGCACGCUCAGUUGUUUAAAGAAGAGCAGAUAGACGGCGAGGCGUUUCUUUUACUGAACCAAAUGGACAUCGUGAAAAUACUCAAAAUAAAACUGGGUCCUGCGUUGAAGAUUCACAACAGCAUUCUCUCCUUCAAAAAGAAUUUCGUGGAUUAGAAGAAGAAGGAUCGGGAUUAUUUUGGGUUUUUUGCAGGAACCGCACGUGACUGCAUCGCUCACUGCCAGGCGCGCGUCCGAUAUUGUUUUGCUCAAUAUGGCGAAGUUAGCAUUUAGAGCAGAGUGUUGUCCAAGUGUUUCGGAACGAGAGACGAAAAGGAUCAUUGGUUAAAAUACGCAGCGGGUAACGAUUACGUCGUAGUUUUUAUCCUCCGGGUUAGUUUCUACCUCCGACGUUCGGAUCUAUCUUCGUUGAUUUCAUUUAGUCAUUUCAUCUCUGUACAUAUUGUAUGUAAUGUCCAUAAUUUAUCAUACGUGAAAGUAACAUCGUGUAUAAUACAUACGCUAUAUGGAAAUAAUGAUUUUACCACUAACGGAUGUUUAACCGGGUUAUGUUUAGCGACGUAUUCAUUCCAUCUUCCGGGUCUCUCCGACUCGACAGUGUUUUAUUUUUAAAUCCCAAUACCGGACUUGCCAAAACCGAUAGCAAAGAAGAAUAAACCCGUGGGAAAUUUCCGCGGUGGAUCUCUGGGAAGUAGCGUUAUUGUAUUUUCUCGUGUAAAGAAACACAUUUGUUCUUUGUUUUUGCAAGCGAUUUUAUAAUUUAGGCAUUAAUACUUUAAAGUGAUUUAAAAUAUCUUUUUUUCGGUUCUGAUAUAAUGCAGCUGUAGUUCCUAUAAAUAAAUAAAAGUAUUUAAGAGAAAUGAAAAGAAAACAAAUAAAAUAUCUGCAUUAUAUAUAGAAAAGGAGAAAGCUAUUUUAAUUACUGAAUUAUAAAAUGUUGGUUUGAAAAAUACUUCCAUCAUAAAAUAAUUUUUUCAAU